UGCACCAUAUACCUCCAUUGUUCGCCCCAGCCAGCUACCUCUUAAACCAGACACUCCCCACACCACCCACCCAAAGGAGCAAGAGAUGGACGGCAGCUGCCCGAUAGACAAGGUGCUCGGCGACGCGAACUUGCUUCAGGAGAUCUUCCUCCGGCUUGGGAGCGUUGGAAACCUCCUAUCCGCCGCUGCAGUAAACCCUACAUGGUACGCCGCCGCAAAGCUCCCCGGCUUCCUGACGGCAUUCCGCGAGAGGUGCGUCCUGCCUGUCAUAGGUCACGUAGUGGAGUUUGAGAAGCAGAAUAUGUGGUCCUCUUCCAUUUUCGUCCCUCUAGCUGGCAUUGGCGGGGAGCUUGCACAAAUUUCCCAACGGGUCAUGCAGGCCUUUUCCGACCCAGAUCGCACGUACACGGUCCUAGGUUCGUGCGACUCGCGCUUGCUUGUGAAAGACGAGGUGCCGGCACCUUCGUUUCACGAGUUAGCCCCCGCUGACGAACAAAUGGGCAUUAGGGAGAUCCAUCCAAUGGCACAACCUAUGGAGGUGCCCACGCCUAACACAUUUGGCUACUUCGCUGUCGUCGGAGGCGAGUUUGCAGUUUUCAUACGCCGUCCGGUCGGCCAGGCCGAGCGCUGCCACAAAGGGGUCUACUUCAACACGAACGCGCCAAUGCAGUACUACGUUAACAUUGAGAGGGACGGGGCUUGGAGCCGUGAUGCGUCAGAACCAGUUCAUCGUGGACGCCAAGUAUACUUCCUUGAGAACCCGUACGCCAUCAUCAAGAGAGGCAUGGUGUUCAUCAUGUAUGAGGUCGGGAAGGUGAUGUCAUACGAUGUCACCAACGGCAGCUUCUCCUUGUUGGUUCUGCCGGCGGAUUUCCGGGACAACGCGGACAAAGGAGGAUCGGACUACAAGGUCAGCAGAUGCACUCCCGGCACGAUAUGCAUCGUUCAAACCCAAGGCGUUGAUCUUCACAUAUGGGAUCGUGAUCAGUAUGGAGCAUGGGUUGCAAGGGCUACAAUAUCCAUCCCAAUAACCCUCGGUGUCCCACUCACCACAUCUUUGUGGGUAAGAGUUCUGUAUGCAGGCACAAACAGCUACCCUGCAUGCACGUCGUUCUACUGCAUCAAGGUAUUAUCAGCAGAUGAGUGUGCGCGUCACGUUUCUGUGAGCUUCGGCUUCAUGACUCGCGCGUACACAAUCAACACCGAGACACUUCAGUCAUCCGACCUCUUCGACAGGAGCCCUCACCAAGUGUUGACCCAAGUGUUGCCUGUCACUGUCAGGUGGCCGCCCAAGUUCGAUCAAGCAUUCGCACAUCUUGGCUAGGGAAAAGCACAGCGGCAUUUUUUCGUUUUCACCAUGGUUUGUUUGUGUUCUAGACCUUUUUCCAAUUUGCAAGUUUAAUCCGGUAUCGCGUAGCCAUUACUAAUGUGAUGAUAUUUGUAUUUGCCGGGAUGUCCCGUUUUCGAACUUCUCCAUCUAUGUAACGUUUAUUCGGACGGAAGUUUUCGUUCGCCAUUUGACCAAA